AAGCUUGUUGAGUGUGAAUAUAUGGUGAGAAAAUUCCAGAAAGGCUUCUCAAAAAAUCAGAGUAAACGCCCAAGUUUGAAUUUUUUUUUUCAACUGCUUCACCUACCCUCCAAUUCAUCCCCCUCUGCUUGGCGAGCAAGAAAAGGAGAGAAAAAAAAAUGCAGAUAACCGGAGCCACAAGUGAGGUUUUGGUGGCGAUUCCAUCAACUGCAGGUCUCAGGUCUCCUGAAUUCCGGCAUCAAUUGCGUUCUCUCUCUUUUCUUUCUUCUACCCUUUACAAGACAUGUCCUUCGUUUGGCAUACCUAAAUUAGGAAUGGGUACGAGUAGGUGCCGGGAUAGAGGCAUAACUGUGAGAGCCUCAGGGGAUUCAAACAGUUUUUCGGAUCCAGUUUCUCCUCUUGAGUUUGAGUCCCCAGUCGGCCAGAUGUUGGCACAAAUAUUGCAAACCCAUCCGCAUUUACUGCCUGCAGCCAUUGAUCAGCAGCUUGAGAACCUUCAAACUGAUAGAGAUACCCAAAGAAAUGAAAAUCUUCCAUCUCAAGAUUUCCUUUACAAGAGAAUAGCUGAAGUGAGGGAGAAGGAAAGACGAAAAACACUGGAGGAGAUCAUUUACUCUUUGAUAGUGCAGAAAUUUAUAGAUAAUGACAUUUCUAUGAUCCGAAAAAUAACGGCAUCCUCAGAUCCUACUGGACGAGUGGAUUUUUGGCCAAACCAGGAACAAAAAUUAGAAUCUGUUCAUUCUCCUGAAGCCUUUGAAAUGAUUCAAAGCCACUUAUCUCUUGUGCUGGGAGAACGAUUGGUGGGCCCCCUUGAAACAAUUAUCCAAAUUAGCAAAAUAAAGCUUGGCAAGUUGUAUGCAGCUUCUAUAAUUUAUGGAUAUUUCCUCAGAAGAGUUGAUCAACGAUUUCAGCUAGACAGAACCAUGAACACUCUUCCCAAGGGUUUUGAUGAAAACAAAGCAAUUUAUUAUGAUCCAAGUCCGCAGAACAGGCUGUGGGAUCCAGAUUCUUUGAUAAGGAUUCCACCUGAUGAUGGAGGUGACAGUGCUGGAGGUUUCAUGGAUAGUGAUGGCGAAAAAAUAUCUAGACUGAGAUCAUACGUGAUGUAUUUGGAUGCAGAGACGCUCCAAAGAUAUGCAACCAUAAGAUCUAAGGAAGCCAUUUCUUUGAUUGAAAAGCAAACUCAGGCACUAUUUGGGAGGCCUGACAUAAGGAUUGCCGAGGAUGGUUCAAUCGACACAGCUAAUGAUGAAGUGGUUUCAGUCUCUUUCUCAGGAUUGACCAUGUUAGUCCUAGAGGCGGUAGCAUUCGGAUCAUUCCUGUGGGAUGCAGAAAGUUAUGUUGAAUCAAAAUACAAUUUUGUUAACAGCUGAAGAUAACACGAGUCGGAGUCGCUUGUUGCUGCUGUGUAUAUUAUAAUGCAGGGACUUUUUCUUUUGCUUUUGCAGGUAAAAUGUCAAAGAUCAUAGUUGAAAAAAGGAUGGAGCAUGAUGUAGUAAUGAGCAGUGUUAGUAAAUACCAUUAACUUCUUAUUAGAAAGAUAACCAAAUUCAAUUUCUUUUGUUACUGCUAAUAUCAGAAAGCUGUAGCAAUGACAACAAAGGAAGACAAAUUGGUGAAACUGCUAAUUUUUUGCUAUGCAUUUUUCUUUUUGGGGCUCA